AUGGUUAUGGGUAGAGUUCGUGCGACGUCUUAUGUAAGGCGUACAAUUUCACAACCCUUAAAUAAAAAUGUGCCCCCUAUGAAAAAUAUGAAAAAUGUAAAUGGACUUAAGGAUACUAAUUUAAUAAGAAAUAGAAAUUUACAUUUACAAUUAUUAUGUAAUAACAAAAUGCCAAAUGGUAUGUAUGAUGAUGAAUUAAUAAAAGAUUAUGGUUUACAAGAAUCAUUACCUUUUUAUUAUCCUAGAAAAUCAGAUAUUUAUGGAAUACAAAAUAUGUUAAAUAGUAAAUUAAAUAUAUUAUUAAUAUUUGUACCUAUAGGAUUAUUAAGUCAUUUAUUUGGUUUUAAAGAUAUAUAUAUAUUUUUUUUUAAUUUUAUGGCUUUAAUACCUUUAUCUGCUCUUAUGGGUCAUGUAACUGAAGAUUUAGCUUUACAUACAGGAGAAAUUAUUGGAGGAUUAUUAAAUGCUACUUUUGGAAAUUUAAUGGAAAUGAUUUUUUCUAUUCAAGCUUUGAAUGCUGGAUUAAUUAAUGUUGUUCAAGGUACUCUUCUUGGAAGUAUCCUAUCUAAUUUACUUUUAGUCUUAGGUAUGUCUUUUUUUGCAGGAGGUUUAUAUCAUCAUAUACAAAAAUUUAAUGAGAAAGGUGCAACUUGUAGUACAUCCCUUUUAUUAUUAUCUAGUCUAGCUAUAACUAUACCAACUGUAUCAUCAUUUACAACUAAUAAUAAUUUAGAUGUUAUCUUAAAAGUAUCAAGAAUAACAGCUGUCUUAAUAUUUGUAACAUAUUGCUUAUUUCUACUUUUUCAAUUAUAUACACAUAUUUCUCUAUUCCAAGAUAAAGAAAUGACUGAAGAAAUUCCUCAAUUAUCUGUUAUAGCAGGAUCAAUCUUUUUAAUUUUAAUUACUAUCGUAGUAAGUAUCCAUUCAGAAUUCCUUAUUUAUUCAAUAGAUUCAGUUAUUAAAUAUUAUAAUAUAUCAGAAAAUUUUAUAGGAGUUAUACUUUUACCUGUUGUUGGUAAUGCUACAGAACAUUUAACAGCUGUUACUGUUGCAAUGAAAAAUAAAGUUGAUUUAACUAUGGGUGUAGCUGUUGGAUCCUCUGCACAAAUAGCUCUAUUUGUCGUACCUGUAACUGUAUUAUUUGGAUGGAUAUUAAACAAACCCAUGACUCUAGCCUUUUCUCCACUUUCUACUGUCAUUUUAGUCAUAUCUGUUAUUGUUACUAUGGCUAUAGUACAAGAUGGAGAAAGUAAUUGGUUAGAAGGAGUUUUAUUAAUUUCAGCUUAUCUUAUUGUUGGUGUUGUUUUCUGGUUUGAUACAUCAUAA